GUGGCGUUGAUCUGCGGCUGCGUGUUGGCUAAAGCGGACGUGCUAGGGAGGAGGCUAACGGUCGCUGCUCGAACCGGUCCGGCACGUUCCACUGGUAACCAUGGGCAACCGGGUGGCCCGCGAGGACUUCGAGUGGGUUUAUACCGAUCAACCCCACACCGACCGCAGGAAGGCCAUCCUCGCUAAAUACCCUGAGAUUAAGUUGCUGAUGGGCCCAGAUCCCAACCUAAAAUGGAUCGUCUCAAUGAUGGUAGCAAUUCAGCUUUUGGCCUUUUACCUUGUGAAGGACUUAGACUGGAAAUGGGUGAUUUUCUGGGCCUAUGUGUUUGGUGGAUGCGUCAACCAUUCCAUAACACUAGCUAUCCAUGAAAUUUCUCACAAUGCUGCCUUUGGAAACCAGCAUGCCCUGUUGAACCGUUACUUUGGCAUGUUUGCAAACCUCCCUGUUGGUCUACCAUAUUCAAUCUCCUUCAAGAGGUAUCACAUGGAUCAUCACCGCUACAUGGGUGGAGAUGGUAUUGAUGUGGACAUUCCCACUGACUUUGAGGGAUGGUUUUUUUGCACCAGAUUCCGGAAGCUGUUUUGGGUCAUCUUGCAGCCACUCUUCUAUGCUAUUCGCCCACUCUGCAUCAACCCCAAACCCAUCACUUACCUGGAAAUCACCAAUCUGAUUGUUCAGCUAACCUUUAACCUGCUGGUUUAUUAUUUUUUGGGAGUAAAAUCCAUUGUGUACAUGCUAUCAGGAUCUCUCCUUGGUAUGGGUCUGCAUCCUAUCUCUGGGCACUUCAUUGCUGAACAUUAUAUGUUUUUGAAAGGUCAUGAAACCUACUCCUACUAUGGGCCCCUUAAUAUGAUCACCUUCAAUGUAGGAUAUCACAAUGAACACCAUGACUUCCCCAGUGUUCCAGGGUGUCGGCUUCCUCAAGUGAAGAAAAUUGCUGCUGAUUAUUAUGACAACUUGCCACAAUAUUCAUCCUGGGUGAAAGUGCUGUAUGACUUCAUCAUGGAUGAUACCAUCAGCCCCUACUCUCGGAUUAAGAGGAGUGUGAAAGAUGCCAAACAAGACUAAAAUGGAUCUGAGAACUGACGCAAUAAGCUAGCUUGCCUGCUAGAAUAAUUGAUGCUUUUGUACAGAUCUCUUAUUUUAAGAACAAUGUAUUGUUUUCUACAAACUGUGCACUAGCAAAAAUUCUAACGUGGUUUGUCUGCUUGUUCUACCCUUUUUACUCAAAGUUCAAAUAAAGCUAAAACUUGUUUCAUUUGAGGGUAUGAAACAUUUUAUAACUGCUUACACUUUUGCUUCUGAACUGAUUUUUCACUCUUUUUUUUCUUUUUUGCUCUCACUCUUCCCUCCUCUCCCAGUACCAGAACUUUCAGUGUGAUGGGAGGCAGAAACGUUCAUGUCAGGUUCUGAUUUGCAAGUGCCUAACCAAGAGAUCAGGGUGGGUCUGUAUUGGUAAGCUUCCUUUUAGAAGUGACAGCUUCCUGAUCUUGCAGGAGAUGGCUUAUAGGAUUUGUCAGUAUUAAACUGUAGUUCAGCCCAAUUGAAAUGGGGGCCCUAUUGCCUAACCAGCUCACUGUCAUUACUAAAUUAACCUGUUUUAACUGCUACUGACUCCUUUUUGCAUUUGAGGAUCAGUUCUAGCUUAAACUUUUUAAGCAAAAGAUUACUUGUGUAUUGUGAAGCUAUCUGUUUACCAUUGUCAAAUUGUUCAACAUUGUGCAGUUAAUAAAGAUUUGAAAUGUGAAACUUC